AUGUUGCAUUAUUGGUUUGUUACUUCGCAAAAUAAAUCGGAUAAAUUGGUUAUUUUUCUUUUACUGAAAUUUAAAGACUCAAAUACUUUGAAGAUUUUUUGGUUCAAUGGCGGUCCAGGCUGUUCGUCUUUAACAGGGUUCCUUGAUGGAAUGGGUCCUUAUCUCAUCAAUAAAGAUGGAAAAUCACUACGUAAAAAUGUCUAUUCCUGGAAUAAAUACGCCUCAGUUGUCUACAUUGAAUCCCCCGUUGGUGUGGGAUAUUCAUAUUCACUUAAUGGAAAGAUAGAAAACAGUGACGAUAAUACUGCAAAAAUGAAUUACGAGGCAGUUAAACAAUUUCUUCAGAUACAUAAUUCAUAUCGGAAUUAUUCAAUCUACAUUACAGGAGAAUCCUAUGCAGGAGUAUAUAUACCUAUGCUUGCUUCGAAAAUUAUUGAUGGACAGAAAAACUUCCGAAUAAAUUUAAAAGCAAUUUAA